AUGUUUUUAAAGAAACAUGCUGCCUCCCUUGCAGGGCCUAUAACUACAAUCAUAAACACCUCUUUUAAGGAGGGUACAUUUCCAAACAACUGGAAGUCUGUUGUUGUACCAGUCUACAAAUCAGGAGAUGCUACUGACGGAUCUGUCCUGGGCCCUAUUCUGUUCAGCAUCUACAUAAAUGACCUGCCAUCAGUGUGCACUGGAUGUGAGGUGCAGAUGUAUGCUGAUGACACCGUCAUAUAUGUUCAUGCAAAAGCUAAAGCCCAAGCUGCUGCUAAGCUCAGUGAUACUAUGCUGUACAUGGACACUCUGAUAUUCCCUCAUCUAACUGAUUGUAUUACAAGCUGGACCCAGGCACUUAAGGUCUUAGACAAAAAAUCCAACCUCUACCAUCACUGUAGUGUCCUUACCAAAUAUAAUCUACUUAGAUGGGAAACUAUUUUAAAACACAGUGAUGCGUGUUUAAUCUUUAAGAUCCCCCACCACUUUGUACUUUUACUCAGAAUCAAGCAGCAGAACCACAAGGAGGAGAACACGGAGCUCGCCGCACAAACAGUGAGUCAGUGGAAUAACGGGACGCUGUUCGCUGAUCAGCAGUGGUCAGAGGCAGAGAAGUGGCUUCUUGUGACGUUGUUAGGUGUGGAGAUUGUGAUGGGAGUUACAGGAAACAGUCUUGUUCUGCUGGUCAAGGUCAAGUGCAGGGGUCAGAUCUGCUGUCACUACUGGUUUCCCUUCAUCAGUCUCACCCUGUCAGACUUAGACAUGUUGUGUUUCUAAGGUUGUUCCCUUUUCAUCGCCUCUGGCUCCAUGCUGGCCACUCUGACAGAAGGACAACGAUCCCCCUGGUGUGAGGUCGUCAGCCUGCUGAAGUUUGCAUUCAUCACAUCAUCGAUGGGGAGCAUAGCGGUCCUCUGCAUGCAGCGGCUUAUUGGAACAAGCUCCACCAGAAGUGCUUUGUUUGUCGUGAUGGUAGCAGCAUGUGUGACUUCCUGGUUAACAGGGCUGGUGUUUGGGAUGAUUCCUGUUGUUUUCUCCUGGAUCAGAUAUGAUCCUGCAGAAAUGCUGUGCGCGGUUUUCUGGGAAAGCAGACACUCAGACAUGAUAAUCUACAUCCUCUGUGCCUUCUCCAUCUGCAUCUUUCUUCCCUUCCUCCUAAUGCUCGUUUGCUCUGUACUGAGUGCUGUCAGCUGCUACUCGGUCAGCAGGGAUGAUAAGGAUCUGUCUGAGGUGGCCCCUUGGUUAGUGACUCUUUAUGUGAUCUGCUACACUCCCUUUGUUGUGUCUGAGCUGAUCUUGCUGGGUAGGAUGGACGCAAACCCAGCACCUGAUUGGCUAAGAACACUUUCCUCAGUGAUGUCGUAUCUGGACUGUUGCCUGAAUCCUCUGAUCUACUGCUCCAAUCAGAACUUCAGGGAGGUUGGCCUGGCCUUGUUGUGGACCAGACAGAAACCAGCAGCAGAGCCGGUCCUCAAGGCUGUCACUAAACUUGAGUUGUAGACGUGAGGAAGUCCGGUCACCAAUGUAACCAACCAACAUGAUGAAUGACCUGUACUUCUACAGCCGAUACCUCCUUCCUACUAUUCUAACAUGUUCAGGGAAAGCAUGCUUUGAGGAGACCAACACUAAACUCUGCUGCCUCAUCUCUUUCUCUGAAUCCACUCCUAGAGACUUAGAACCAAAAAUAAAUCUGUAAUCCAAGUCCAGGAUAAUCUGCUGGGAGCUGUCAGACUGUUCUACUUUGAAAGGAUAAAUUAAAAAGUUGACGUUCAUGUAGAAGGUUUUGGCUGUGAGAGAAUGUUUUUGACAGUUGUAUAGAGCCUGGAUCCGAUUUAGAUGUUACCAUCUGAGACAGGAGCAGCAACGCAGGCCUUUCUGCUUCAGACCUUUUCUAAAUGUUGGAACUGUAAAAAGAAAAUAAAAGUGAACCAUGAAGAAAACACACAAAUGACCCAAACAAAACUGUUGGAAAACGUUUACCACCGCGCAGUAGAGUGUCCUGACCAAGGCCAAACCCGAGGCUCCCAGACCUGAAGCCAACCAGGAAGUGACAGAAAUUACAGACACCCAAAUGCCAAAUGUCUUUUUUUUAAUUCAGUUUUGUUUACAUUUUAAUGGAUAUUUCUAAAUUACAUUUAUGAAAUUAUCACUUAGUUGCACAUUUCUAGGCUUGAUUACUGCAACUCUCUAUAUGCAGGGUUGUGUCAGUCAUCACUGUGUCGCCUACAGGUUGUGCAGAACAGCGCAGUCAGGUUCCUGACUGGGACCAGGAAACGGGACCACAUCAGUCCGGUUCUGACCUCCCUGCACUGGCUUCCGGUUCGCUAUCGUUCACACUUUAAACUCCUCGUCGUCGUUUACAAUUUUUUCCAGGGUGGUGUUCCCCCCUAUCUAGCCACACUCCUGAACAGACACUCCCCAUCACGCGCCCUGCGCUCCUCUGACCAAGGCCUGCUCGCUGUCCCUCGGUCUAGGUGUCGUACUCGCGGGGGCCGGGCUUUCUCAGUCCUAGCACCGUCACUCUGGAACCAGUUGCCACCCUCAGUUAGGCUGUCCCCAUCUCUGCCAGUCUUUAAGAGUCACCUAAAAACGCACCACCUCCGCUUGGCGUUCCCUGAACAUGUUUGAAUUUGGCCCUCUUUUAUGUUGAUUGUAUUUCCCUGUUUUCAUUGGUCUCUCUAUCAAUUGUUUUACACACUUGUCUUCUACUAGAAUGUUUUACCUUUUUUUGUAAUAUUUGAAUUGCUUUUAUUUUCGAUAUAUUCACCCUACUUAACUUUCUCAUGUACCAUGUUCAGCUCCUUGGGCUUCCUGACAGGGUCGCGGAAGGCGCUUUAUAAAUAAAGCUUUGAUUGAUUGAUUGAUUAAAAUGGGGAGACGCUUGCAGACUCAUGAGGAGUGUCCCGUAUGGCCAUCAGGACCAACGGAAGCGUCACAUCCCAGUCUCUGUAAUUAGAGGACACGUAUUUCUUUAAAAUACUGACAACCGUUGAGUUCAUCCUUUCGAGACGGUAGCCCCUGAAGUAGCUGCCGGCUUCCAAUCUGCAAUACUUUAGAAAAUACUGCGGUGUAUUCUGGGUAAUUUUUUACCAAGGCUAGGCUACAAGACACCUUUCGUGUAUCCUUGCUCAGCUAGCUAAACAGCUAACAAGAACACACUUCUUGGUAGAACAUAAACAUUGGAACACGUCUUGGCGGUUCCUGAUGACAUAACUCCUAGGCAACCGGGGCGGGGCCAAGACAUCAAGGUGAGGUU